GGGUUUUUGUAAAAGCGAUUUGAAACGCUUUGGACUUCAGUGUGUCGGAGCUAACUGGUCCAAGUGUUUGCGUCGUUUAAAAAAGUUUUUGCGACGAAAACUGAAAAAAAAAAAAAAAAAAAAAAAAAUUUCACCCGUAAGGAAUGUAAUCUCCUAUGUCGAGGCCUCAAUUUUCAUGCUCUGUGCAAGUGUUUGUGCAAGUAACAAUUUUAAUUCAGAGAACGUAAGACUAUUUGUGUGAGUGGCCACUUCUGGUCAAAGGAAGAGGGCCACAGUCUGAGCGUGGGUGCCUGUAAUCGAUGGGUUGAGAACGCGAAAGUGUUUUUUCAUUUUUGAAAACCAAGGUGUAUAGCUUACCGAUGAGCCAUGCUAAAGGUCGUAGGCGCCUCGUGGCUGCAAACCCGCAUCUCCACCUAUCUUCUCAUUGGUGUUGCCAUUUUGGGCAUCGGUGCCAUUAUCUUCGGCGAGUUUGGACAUGUUGAACACGAUGGAACGUAUGCGGCGACUGCUUUUUGGCGGCAAAACAUUCAUCAAUUUGAAUUCUGGGGACAAGGAAAUGAUCUGUCAACAAUUCCCAUGGGUGCUGCACGUGCUUAUUACAAAUCUGCAAUACCAGAAACAGGAUGGUCCAUCUUGGAAAUAGAAACAUCGAAAGAUUAUCCAGACGAGGUUCAAGCUUAUGCAGCGGGUUGUUUAGAGGGUAGCUUAACGUGGCAGUUAAUCUAUCAACAUUGGUAUAAUACUGUGCGAGCAGCAUGCGCACCAAGAUCAGCGCUUUGUGUAAAAAUGCGUAAAUAUCUGCGUGAGAAUAGCGAAAAAGCCAUUGAAAAUGCUCAACUUUUGAAAGACGAGGAUCCAUAUUGGCAUCUGGUAAAUUUAUUCUAUCGUCAACUAAGAGGCUUGGAGGCAGGUUGGAAAUUAGCUGUUAAUAAAAUUCAUCAAUCAGUUGAAAUAGAAACAGAGGAUUUUCUUUGGAUGGCAAUGGCGUCUGAUUUGCCCGAUUUAGAGAGAGCACACAAUGGUUCGGAAAAUUUGGCAGGAUCAUAUGGAAUGAUUUUUUUAAAAGCAUUACAACGUGAACAUUUUGAACCACUCAUUGCAUUGGUGCACAACACCGGCGCACCUUACACCAAAAUGCUGAGGCUUAUAAAAAGAUACAAAUUCGCUUAUCAUAUGUCAUCAAAAAAAGGUGCAGAAUUAGUACCAAGUAAUUCCGUGGUUAUGACAUCAUAUCCAGGUGCAUUGUCAUCGCAAGAUGAAAGUUACAUCGUUAGUGGAAAAGAGAGAGAAUUAAUUGUAGCUGGAACGCCAUUAACAAUUAGUAAUCGUAAAUUAUGGAAUCGUCUCAGUACAAAAGAGCAUGUUAUGUCACCGGCAACAAUAAUGGCGGCAAAUUUUCUCUCAACAAAUAGUGAUAAUUGGUCGAAUGUGAUGACAUUAAAAAAUAGUGGAACUGCCAAUCGUCAAUGGGUAAUUUUUGAGCCACAAAAAAAUAUCGUUAGGCUAUUUGAACAAAUUCCGGGAAUUACUGAGUCAAUUGAUUAUACGAAAAAAUUUAUGGAAAUGGGAUUUUUAGUUUGCACUGGCGUGCCAAUUAUACAGGAAAUAAAAGACUAUGCAAAUUUUGAAUUGGCAGAAGCCGUUUUACGUGCCACUGAGGUGGAAAAGCAUCAAAAAAACAUGACAACCGUCGAAGAUGUGAGAAAAUUAAUGCGAGGAUGUAGACACGAGGUUGAAUCAAUAACCGAUGAAAACGAAGAUUUCAAAUGUAAUUGGAAUUUUAGUGAGCAACAAUUAUUUUCCUAUAGAGGUGAUCUUGAUGAUAAAUCGAGACCAGUUGGUGUAAUUGAUUCGAAAAUUUUUCUAUCCGAUCUCGAUGGUCUCGAUGCAUUUGAAGCGACAUCUGGACCAGCAUUUUUAAAUUUCAAUCAAGCUUUUAAUUGGUCUAAUUCAUUUCCAAAUAUUUCACAUGUUGGACAACCGAAUAUUUUUCAAUUUGAUAGUGUCUCACCCAAGUGGGUUUGGAUAUAAUUUUUUUUUUAAAUGCAAUAUUUUUUCUUUUUAGGCUGUGUUCACAAUGGGCGUUAUAGGUUAGUCUAUUGUGAAUGCAGCUUAAUGUGUUUUAAAUAAUCUGUUUUUUCAAUUCACUAUUUUUUUAACAGUUUUUAAAUUGAGAAGUUUUUAAAAUCAAUUUUUACAAUUGAAAUUAUAUAAUGGACAUUGAAUUCAUAUUUAGGAAUUCUAACCUCAAAAAUAGUGUGUUUUCUUUGAAUCUCGUUUAUGAAAUUAUUUCUGAACUUUUUUUACUAGACAAAUGUUUAAAUUCACUUUUUAUCUAUUGAAAAUGUUGCAUGUGAAUAAUUAUAAUGAUUUUUAAUAUUUAUAAUAUGAAAAAAAAAUUCUGAGGUGAGAGAUUACAAAUUUGACAAAAGCACAACAAAAUAGUUGUGUAGCUCCAUAAAAUAUUAUAUGUAUUAUUGUUUUUUUUUCAUUUAUAUAUUUUUUUGUAUUUUUGAAAUAUUUAAAUUUUUUUUACAUGAAUCUCUUUUUUUUGAGGUUAAGAACAAUUUUUUGUGUAUAAAAUAUCAUUUUUUUUUUUUAGAAGACUGUUGUUUUUAAUAACAAUAGUUUUAUCGAUUCCAAUUUUUUGAAACUUCGUUUUUGUCGGAUAAUAUUUUCGAAAUGUUUUAGUAAUUUUUUUUUAAAUGUAGUUUUUUCAAAUUUCAUCGAGACAUAUGUAUACCUUUAUGUAUAGCUGGCUCAUAUGUUAGCCACCUGUGGUAAUUUUUUUUACAAAAAAAAAUUAUAUAAAUUGUUUUGUGAAAUAAA